ACCAGCAUCACACACCAAUCAACCGUCCUCUCACUCGUAGUCACCCAGCCAUCCCACCGAAGGACCGGAAGAGCUAACCCCAGGAACUAGCCAUGAAGACGAUCUCGGCCAUCGCCGUCGUCCUGCUCGCGGCGCUGGCGGUCCAGCAGCAGCUGGCGCGCGCCGACAUCGCGUGCCCCGACGUGCUCAACGACAUGGAGCCGUGCCUGUCCUUCCUGCAGGGCGGCGACGCCAGCCCAUCCGGCCAGUGCUGCGCCGGCGUGAGGGCCCUCUACGCGGCCGCCGACACCACCGCCGACAGGCGGGCCACCUGCGAGUGCCUCAAGACGGCGUACCGCCAGGUCCACGCCCAGCUCUCCGCCGCGAGGGCGCUGCCGGAGGAGUGCGGGCUCUCGCUGUCCUACCCCAUCACCCCCGACAUCGACUGCAACACGAUUGAGUGAAGGGACACCGUUUGUUGCUUACCAGAACCCAUAUGAUGCAUGAUGGAUGAUGAUCAGCGCUCUAAUAUGCAGCAGCAGCACUGCUUUAUUGUUAGAAUAAAAGGAUUUGGUGAUGACGAAUCAGUAGUCGACUGUAAUCGUGUGUGAGCCAUCAGUGGCUCCUCUAUAUACUAUAAACAUGUUCGUGUUAUAUGUGUGAAUCUUGCUUGUGUUCAAGUUA